AUGUACACCGUUGCGAGCAGUAUGAACCCCGGCCUGGGCGCCAUGAACUCGAUCAACAGCUACAUGAGCAUGAACUCCAUGGGCUCCGUCGGAAACCUUUCGCCCGUCUCGCUCAACAUGUCCUACACCAACCUCAGCCCGCCUCUCUCAGUGCUGCCUGGCACCGUCAGCCCCAUAACCAACGGACUCUCCUCGAUGCCAAGCUCCAUGAGCCCCGGUGUGGGUCCGACAGGGGGUCAGACCGCCCCCGCCAACUCGCUGUCCCCGUACCAGCCAAUGGGCCAGACCUUGGGUCCCUUGGCACUGUCGCCGGGCCUGAGCAGGGGCAAGGACUCCAAGCCUUACCGCCGCAACUUCAGCCAUGCCAAGCCUCCGUACUCCUACAUCUCCCUGAUCACCAUGGCCAUCCAGCAGGCCUCCAAUAAGAUGCUGACCCUGAACGAGAUCUACCAGUGGAUCAUGGACCUCUUCCCUUACUACAGGGAUAACCAGCAGCGGUGGCAGAACUCCAUCCGACACUCGCUCUCGUUCAACGACUGCUUCGUCAAGGUGCCACGCUCCCCGGACAAACCGGGCAAAGGCUCAUACUGGGCCCUGCACCCGGACUCGGGCAACAUGUUCGAGAACGGCUGCUACCUGCGCCGCCAGAAGCGCUUCAAGUGCCCGAAGGAGAAGCUCUCGCCGCGGGAAGCGGCCUCCUCCUCCUCUUCCUCCUCCGCCGCCUCAGCCUCGGCCGCCAUUGACGGCGCAGCUAAGAACUCGAGCCCCAGCUCCGAGGACGCCGAGUCCAGUCGGUGCGACACCCCGCCAGGCACCGAGGAGAGGAGGACCCUCACUGAGCUCAGCUGCCAGAGGGCGGGCGCCUCCUCUUCGGCCUCGGGGCCUUCACCGUCGCCUGCCGCGUUACCUCAGAACAUGGCCGCCGCCCACCACCACCAUCAUCAUCAUCAUCAACAACAACAACAACAGCAUCACCAUCACCACCACCACCACCUCCUCCCGCUGCUGCCCGACCUCCAGACUGACCUGAAGAUGGACCCUCACUACAGCUUCAACCACCCCUUCUCGAUCACGAACCUGAUGUCUUCGGAGCAGCCCCACAAAAUGGACGCCAAGCUCUUCGAGUCGCCCACUCACUACAACAGCAGCAGCAACAACAACAACAACAAAUACAACAACAACAACAACAACUCCUACAACAACAACAACACGCUGCUCGGCAAAAGUGGCUUCGAGGCGCCCAAUGUCGCCAACGACCCCGGCUCCUAUUACCAGCUCAUGUACAACAGCUAGGGAGGGAGCCAUCUGAUUAUUCUGAAACACUUGUGAACUAACUCUUAAACAGAAAUCAGUCUGGCCCCUGCAACAGACUGGGAGAAAACAGUGCCCAGAAACCCGGAGGGGCCUCUUACUACUUUCCUACAGUCAAAAGGAUUGGUACCUAUCAUCUCUGAAACUGUAUCUUAGCAGCAGUUAACAUCCCUAAACUAUAUCCCAACAGCACUUAGAAUUCCUCGAACAGUAUCCUAACAACAGUUGCAUCCCCAGAAUUGUAUCUUCUCAACAUUCCUGGAACUGUAUACCGACAAAAGUUAGUAUUCCUAAAACUGUAUCCUAGCAACAGUCAACGUCUCUGGGGCUAUGUCUUAGCAACAGUCAACAACCCAGGAACUGUAACCUAGCAACGAUCGGCAUCUCUGGGACUGUGUCUUAGCAACAGUCAACUUCUCUGAAACUGUGUAUUCCAGCAACAGUCAGUUUCUGUGGAAAUGUAUCUCAACGUGAGAAAAUACCUUCAGGAAAGGAAGGGAGAAACCUUGGUGGGAGUUCCCCGUCACUUUUGUCUUGGAGUCUUGUUCUAAUUUUAACAAAACUGUUCCUUUUGCAUUAUGACCGUGUGCAGUUUGAAGCUUGCGAUGGACAAAUUUAUAGUUCUUUUAGUGGUUGAUUUAAGACGUGAAUAUGAAGACUUUAUUUCUCACCUAAAGGUAUAAAACAGGUUGAAUUUAAUUUUAUUAACUACAUUGUAAAUCUUAAAUAACCUUUACCGAGCAGAACUGACUCAGUAAGAUCGGUUGCUGUAUUUAAGAAUUGUGUUAACAUUAAUUUUUCUCAUUAGUAUCUUUAAUAUGUCUUAGCGUAGCUGGUUUCAUGUUUUAUUUAAUUAAAUGUUGAGAGGAAAGGAAGGGGCCUCACCAUAAAAAAGAAACAACUGGUAUGACAAAGUACCCACUCUAUAACUGGGCAUGGUAACACAGACAUGGUAAGUGUGGCUGGCAGUCACAAACCCUGUGACUGGACUAGGUACUACCCAUGUGCCCAGACUGGUUACUGCAGGCACAAGAUUUAGCAAAGCCACAACCGGGUGACCAUUUGCAGUUGAGACCAUAAUGAGGCAAGACGUGGUUGAGAUCUGAUGCUCACCCUAUACCAGUAACAGGCAAACUUUGCUGUCUUCAAAGCCAAUCCCCACAUCAGUCACCAUGGGUUGGGGGAGAUGGUUGCAUAAUGGUAAUGUCACUGGACUAGUAAUCUGAAGGCCCAGCCUAAUGCUCUGGGGUACAAUUCCCACCAUGCUGGAAUUUAAGAUCAAUUAAUAAAACCUGAAAUAUAAAUUUAGUCUUGGUAAUAGUGACCAUGGCAACUAUUGUUGUAAAAGCUCCAUCUGGUUCACUGACGCCCUUUAGGGAAGGAAAUCUGUCUUCUUACCUAGCCUGGGCCUAC